AAAUCUUUGACACCCAAAACGAUGACGUCAGUGCCAAAGCUGAAGCUUUUGACAGUGAGAAGAUCCAUCAUGGCAUCACAACGGCAAACUCAGCGGCACCAGAGCAACCACGCUCCCAUUGGAUGUUGCCACACAGGAGGAGACGUCUCAAGUGCAUUUAGGUUUAAUUACAGCGACUAUCUGGCAGUGUUCACAAAACACAAUCCAAUUCGCAGUUUGAUUAUUUGCACAAAAAUCAGACAGCAAUGACCAUCCCAAGGUAUCUGACGGCAGCCCUGUGGCUGCUAACUGCAGUCGCCGCCUUUUCUCCCACUACUACCACCACUCGCCAUCCACUGCACUCGGUACAAUCAUCAUCAUCUUUCAAGCUCGCCUCUGCUGCCGCCAACGAGGAUGUUUGUACCAUUCAGAUCCUAAUGAGUGACACGGGUGGUGGUCAUCGAGCAUCUGCCAAUGCUUUGAGAGAUGCUUUUGAUGUCUUGCAUCCCGGAAAGAUACAAUGCGACAUUGUCGACAUCUUUACCGAUUACGGACCCUUCUGGCCGUUUACCGAUUAUCCUGCCAUUUACAAAAUCAUGGCCGAAUACAGCUUUUUGUGGGAUUGGUUCUAUCACUUGGGAGCUUCACCCUUUGGCAUUGCCGUCAACGAAUUCCUCAUGGAACUCUUUUGCUUUGAUUCCUUUCAAGAGUGCCUAGCACGACCAUCCGGAUCCACCAACCAUCGGGCGGACAUGGUCAUUAGUGUCCAUCCACUCUGUCAGGACGUGCCACUCAAAAUCUUGUCUUCCUUGGACACCAACGGGCAAACACGGUCUCCCGAUGCCCGUACGACACCAUUUGUCACUGUUGUGACUGAUUUGGGCGGGGCCCAUCCAACGUGGUUCAACAAGGGUGUCAACAAGUGUUUUGUACCCACAGAUGCACUCUAUCAAUGUGCACGAGAUCGCAACGUCCAACCCGACCAGCUUGUGCAGUAUGGACUCCCCAUUCGGAGAGGAUUCUGGGACCAGGCUUCGGGCAAGGAACAGAAAACACCCGUCCAGUUGCGACAGGAACUGGGACUCGACGUGGAAUUGCCAACCGUACUCAUGGUGGGAGGUGGAGAUGGGAUGGGUGGUAUUGUAGAUAUUGCCGCAGAAGUUGGCGACAAGUUGGGAUCUGGUAGUUCCACACCGGCCUAUCAAAUGGUGGUAGUUUGUGGAAGCAACGAAAAGGCCAAGCAAGCACUUUCCUCAAAGCAAUUUGGGGAUGGCGUCAAGGUCAAUGUACAAGGAUUUGUCAACAAUAUGGAUGAAUGGAUGCAGGCAUCGGAUGCAAUCGUCACCAAGGCGGGACCUGGAACCAUUGCAGAAGCAUCGAUUUGUGGAUUGCCUUGCAUGCUAUUCUCCUACCUACCUGGCCAGGAAGAAGGCAAUGUUCCCUUUGUGGAGAAUUCAGGCUUUGGCAAAUUCAGUGGAGAUCCAACAGUAAUUGCCGAAACGGUGAGUUCGUGGUUGGCAUCGCCCGAGAAAAUGAACUCGCUCAAGGAGGCUGCCUUGCAAGCAGCAAGACCUUCGGCGACAUUGGAUAUUGCCAAGGACUUGGCCGACAUGGUAUUCGCCCAAAAGGAAAAGCUCCGGGCAAAGGAACCCGUCAAAGUUGGCAGAGCAUGAAAAAGAGAAUAGUGAUUCUCUGCGCUUGCCCUGCUCUAGCUUUUGAAUUUUAAAAACACAAGAUAUUAGAUUGCGUGGUAUCACUU